AUGUCUCGCGAUCAAGAGGGGGUGUGCCCAAAUCUCAACCUCCAGGACGCCUCGGUCGAAGUGCAAAAACAAGGCAAGCCCACUGAGACACGCACGUGGUACUGCCUCUCUGACCCAGCCAAUGGAUCGCUCAUCGAGGACCUGACUGUCUGCUCAGACUGUGUAGCGCGUCUCUACCAUAUCUUUCCCUGCCUGAACCGCAUAUUCCAGCCUGUAGCCAAUGGUCAAAAGCUGCCAGCCACCUGUGACCUUCUCACUGCACGCGAUAUUGGCACUCGAGGAGAAGAGUACAUAAACCAGAUCAUUGAGACAGCCUUAGAAACGCUAGAGACUCGCACCCGGGACAUGCGGUCUUUGGCCAAGUAUGUCAAGAAAUGGGCUCCAAUCCCGAUCUGCGCGAAGGCCCAACAUGCUCCGCAUGGCACUCCAUCAUACACAUUCCCGCAGAGCAUACCGAACUUCGCAGCAUGUCAGGAGUGCUACACAAAGCACGCGCUGCCGCUUCUCGAAUCGGACGCACCACCAAUCGUGCUCAAAGAGAUGAAGCCGAGUAUGUCCCCCACCGGUUUCAUCUGCGACCUGUACUCCCCACGGCUCCUGCAGUACUUCAAAGACGCCUGCGCCUCGUACAAUCUCGACACUUACAAGCAGCGACUGCUCACCCGAGAGGCCAAGAUGCAGGAGUACAAUCUCAAGCUCGAGCAGAUGAAGUUGCAGCACCAGCAGUUCCAACGGCAGAUGCGCAUCUACAAAACGCAGCAGCAGAUGGAGCAGAGCAGUGCAACGAUCAGGAGUAUGCAGUGGAGCACUAGUGCGUAUUACGCUCCGCCUGUUGAUUUUAGCCGCGUCAACGCCGCGAUGAAUAAGAGUCACGAAGCUAUGAUGCAGGCGGAGAUGGUGGAGGAGAACAUGAAGAUGUUGAGGAAGGAGUGGGCUGACCUUUGGGAGUAA